GCGAAUGGCGUCAGCGGGAACUGCGAGUGAGAUGGCGAGCGAGCUCGACUCUGUAUCGAAUGGGUUCAGUUUUAUCACACUCACCUCGGACGCGGGCGACUCGGCGCGCACUGCGUGGAUGAGCCCCGCAGCGAAUCUCGCGGGAGCCGCGGGGAGCGGGGCGUUGCAGAGGGAAUGCGCGGAUGUGUUCAAGGGCCAGCUGCUGGGGUGCAACAUGGCCAUCAAGCGCCUGGAGGGCGGUGGGUGGCAGGGCCCCAGCGAGUACAGCACGGAGGUGGAGGUGCUCAGCCGCAUGCGCCACCCGCACAUCGUGCUGCUCAUGGGGCACUGCCCCGACCCCCAGGCCAUGUGCAUUCUCUAUGAGUACCUCCCGGGCGGCAGCCUGCAGGAGUAUUUGUCUGCUACCCUUGGCUUGCUUGGGGAUGUGGGGCUGGCGAGGCUAAUUGCUGAAGAUGAUUACAAUGUAACCGCGCGCGUGCAAGGGACAGUGGGGUAUAUAGACCCUGAAGAGGUGGCAACGUGUGAAAUCUCGGUUUUAUCUGAUGUUUACGCGUUCGGGCUGAUAGUGCUUCAGCUGCUGAUGGGGAGCCUCAAUAGCAGUCAUGGGGUUGGAGAGGGAGCAUCAUCCUCAGAGCCUCGGUUGUCUGCAGUGGAUGCUGUUUUGGCACGGCUGGAUAAGUCCGGCGGGGAGUGGCAUGCUGACGUUGCACGCCACCUGGCUGUGAUUGGAGUGCGGUGCGCUGACAGGGCAAGGGCGCGGAGGCCAGGAUUGGAAGAGGAGGUGCAGCCGGUGCUGAUGAGACUAGCGGAGGAAGUGCGAGGGGAGGGGGAGAGGGGAAGGACGGAUGUGGACAGCCAGCUGCUCUGCCCCAUCUCUCAGAGGCGCAUGAUGGACCCUGUGGUGGCAGCUGACGGGUACACAUAUGAGCGUUACGCGAUCGAGCAGUGGUUGGAGUGCAAGGACACAUCACCUACAACGGGAAUGCCCUUCCCACAUAGAUUUCUCACCCCCAACAACACUUUACGUAUUCUGCUUGCAUCUCAGUGAUUAAAGCUUGACAAAUAUAGCAAAUGGCUUGUU